AUGACCUCAGUCAAAGAGGCCAUGAAGAUGAAGGGCAAGCACGUGCGAAUAUUGAAAGUGGAAGACAACUUCUUGUAUGAUAAUAUAUCCUCUAUUGUUCUCACCAAUUAUGAGGAUAUCCAGUAUUAUGGUGAGAUCAGUAUUGGCACCCCACCCCAAACCUUCAAAGUUGUUUUUGACACUGGCUCUUCUGACUUUUGGGUGCCUUCCAUCCUUUGUAGCCCAUUCAAUAACGUGUGUGAGAUGCACAAAGGAUACCAUUCCUCACUUUCCUCUACUUACAAAACAAAUGGGUCUGAUUUCGAUGUCUGGUAUGCAUCUGGUCACGUCAACGGCUUCCUGAGCCAGGAUAUACUGACUAUUGGUGGAAUAGAGGUGACUCAGGUAUUUGGUGAGGCCACAUCACUGUCUUUUAUACCCUUUGGACUGACUUUCUUUGAUGGAGUCCUGGGCCUCAGCUUCCCUACUCAAUCAAUGAAUGGAAUCACUCCUGUCUUUGACAACAUAAUGGCCCAAGGGGUGCUGAAGGAAGAUAUCUUCUCUAUCUACUACAGCAGGAAGUCGGGGGAAACCGAAGGAGAGCUGAUACUUGGAGGCAGAGACCCCAAAUAUUACCAAGGGAACUUUCACUACAUCAAGAUCAGCCAUCCAGACUUCUGGCAGAUCCAGAUGCAAGGGGUGGCUCUCAAGUCUUAUGUGCUGUCCUGUGAGGAUGGAUGUCCUGCUAUUGUGGACACAGGAACAUCCUACAUCACAGGCCCAUCUGAGGACAUAUGGGCCCUGAUGAAGGCGAUUGGAGCUAAGGAGCACGAGCAAGAAUAUUUUGUAAAAUGUGACAUGGCACCCAAGCUCCCGAAUAUCUCCUUCAACUUCGAUGGCAAGAACUUCACACUCCAAGGUUCUGAAUAUGUCUUAGAGGAGGUUAACAAGAGAGAUCCAAAGAUGUGCCUGGUGGCCAUCAAUGGCCUGGAUAUGACAACCCGGGAUGGACCUCUAUGGAUCCUGGGAGCAACCUUUAUCCGAAAGUUCUACACUGAAUUUGACCGGCACAACAAUCGAAUUGGUUUUGCCUUGGCAGCCUGACCUUCUCUGUCCACAUCCGUUUUGGAUCCCGCUUUCUCCCAGUUGUGCUUCAGUCCUUGGUAUAGGAGCAAGUCCUUCCAUCAAGCUCUCUAAUCCUGCAGACCACUGUUAAUAUUCUUCUUUAAUUGAGCAUAGAAUAAUGUUUCAUUGCUCAA